GUGACAGUUGCUAGCUUGAGGCUAACUGCUUCAAAGGCUCAGGAGUCAGUGAGGUUCAUGGAUGUUACCGGUCGUGUUGUGGUCUAAAAUCAUAAAGUUAAUCAUGUAACAGUUUAUUAUCUUUCAAUGGUGUGUUAUUAUAACGCAAAGACGAGCCAAUAAUUAAUUUUAGUCUGUCUGAAGUGUUUGUCGCAGAGGGGAAAUGUUGACGGUAACGUUAGUAACGUUGAACAAGUGCGGCCGCACGCAAAGCGCCACUUUCCGUUGAUGUCCAAAGGUCCCGCCUCCAAGGAGAAACACACCUAUCAGUGAUGGUUAUGGAGGAUGAUGGACGUCCCGACAGCCAAUCAGAGCCAGACACCCUGUCAGCCGUGGGCAGGACAGAACGGCUGGUCCCCAGCUUCACCUCAAGGACCCCCCUGCAACCCUCUGCCCAGCUUCCAGCAUCUCAGCCUGGGCUCGCCAUCUGAACAGAGACCCUGCUAUGACCACCUGCAGGCAUCCAACCAGGGCUGCCAGAGCGACCUCACCGCCUUUUCAUCCACAAACGACGCUCAUCACAGCACACUAUAUGCUAAUAAUGCUAAUCAGGGUGUGCAGCGAAUCGUUCCUGAUGCAUCCAUGGCUCCAGCUGCAAGCCAAGGAAGAAAUAUACCUCCAUGUUCUCUCCCGCUUAUUAAUCAAGGGACACAGCCUUACAAGCCACUGCAAAUGCCAUUUUACUCCCCUUACAGCCCAUACCAAGCAACGUCUUCCCCUUUCCAGCCCCCACACGCACACCAGGGUUUACUGAAUGGACUUCAGUCACCACAUCAAAAACAUCUGCCCAUCAGCUCCCCAUCAUUUGGACAAUGUGUAAACCAGAGUCCGCAGUGCACAGCCCAGUCUGCAUUUGAGAGGGCCAAUGUGGAGUCCCCUGGUGUAUACGCCCACAAUCCUGCCUCACCCACCUCUCCUGUCCAACAGCAGCCUCAGUGGACACCACACUGUAGAGGAACCAUCAAUGAGUUUGUUCCCAGUGCGGCUGCACAGGACACAAACAGUACGCCACAGUCUCCUAACUCCGAGUCUCGUUACGGUCUGGACCCAGAGCUCCUGCCCAGUGCGGUGAAGGUGAUUGCAGAGGACAAGGCAGAGUGGGAGGGCAAGGUCUUCGUCUCAGAGCCUUUUUCCCGUCUUCCUCCGCUGGCAACUACUACCUGUAUCAUAGAGGACAGGGGUAAUGCGAGUCCUUUCGCCAUCCGCUCCACCUCGUACUGCGUGCCCUGUGAAGGUCAGACUGCCCUGUUGAGCCGUCUGCCGCUGGGAGCUCUGGUCAGCCCACUGGCAAAACAAAAUGCUGGAGAGAACCCCCUGCCAGUGUGCAAAGAGCCAGAGUGUGUUAUGGGUUGUGGUUGGUGCGGAGCAUCCAUGUGCCCGGCGAUGGGCUGGCAGGACUGUGGUCAGAGGUUUUACUGCCCCUUCUGUGGUAAACUCAGCGAAGUGCCGUGGCAACACUACCAGCCCACCAAAGGGGUGGAGGGGGUUCGGAUGGAUAAUGACAAGAGGCCAGAACUCAGUAUGGGAUCAUACGAGAUACUUAAUUCUCAGAAGGGUGAGCCUGCUGCACUGCUUCUAGCCAUAGAUGUGUCUGCCUCAGCACUGAGAGGAGGACAUUUGGAGUUUGCAGCGCAACAAAUACUUACUCUGCUGACCUCUCUGAAGAGGGAGGAUGGGGAGUCCUCGUCAGACGUCCGAGUUGGUUUGAUGACAUAUGACAGCAGGAUUCACCUGUACGACCUCAGCCCCGCCCUGUCCCGCCCACACAUGCUGGUCAUCACAGAGACAGAAGAACUGCAGCUUCCUGUGAGGGAGGGGCUUCUGGUGUCCCUACAAGACUGUAUAGACAGUAUUGACAGUGUGUUGCAGCUUGUUCCUCAGUUUAGUUCAGAGUGUGAUGACUCAAGCGGAGUUCCCAUGGAGCUGCCUGUCAAAGCAGGGCUAGCUGUACUGCAGGCCCUAGGUUGUCCUGGCAAGCUGCUGAUCUUCCAUACUGCCCCUCUGAUUGAGAUGGGACACACAAACUCACCCUCAGGGUUCUUUGGCUCAAACAAACCAAAGUCCAUCUUUCAGCCGUCAGAGCAAGCUGUCUCAUUGGCCAAGGAGUGCGUCAGUCAAGGCUGCGGCGUUCACCUGUUUGUCCUCUCCCAGCAAGACGUGGGCGGGGCUUGGCCAGGACACAUUCCAUAUCUAACAGGUGGAGCUCUGCACACCUACAGCCACCUCCAGGGAGAAUUGGACAGAGAGCGUUUCUGCACCGAUCUAAAGACGACUGUAGAGACAGACACAGGCUACAAGGCUGAGCUCAGGAUUUUUGUCAGCAAAGAUUUGCGUGUGUCCGGCUGUUACGGACUUUUCAUCCCUGGGCCUAACCCUGGCAACGUCACUAUGGCAACUCUUGAUUGCUUUACAACCCUGGCUGUGGAGCUGGCACACACCAGAGCUCUGGAUGAGACGAGAGGUGUCGCCGUACAGGUUGUAUUAUCUUACAGCACCCAGACAGGGGACAGGAGGACCAGGGUUCACACUCUGACCCUGCGAUGCUCACGUCAACUGCAGGACACUUUCCGGCAGUACCAGGCCCAAACACUACUCACCUUCUACUGCAAAAAGAUUUACUGUGCAGUGUUGGAGCGCCCUCUACAGGAGCUGAGGGAGGAACUGCAGACGGAGGUAACAGAAGCACUGGCAUCCUACCGCAAACACUGCUGCUCUGCCUCAGUGUCUGCUGGUCAGCUGGUCCUCCCUCAGUACCUGCGAGCUCUUCCUGUUUACAUCAACAGUCUGAGAAAGAGCGAGGUGCUGCUGCCGGGCCUCAGGAGCUCCAUCCACCAGCGGCUGCAGCAGCGCUGCCAGGUGCUCAGGAUGGACACCCGCAGCACCUCCACACACUUCUACCCUCUGCUGCUGCCUCUGGCGCUGUCAGUUGACAGCUCCAGCUCUCCAAACCUAGAGGAGGCACUGCGCUGCUGUGCCGCCAGCCUGGAGCCUAGAGGUCUAUAUUUGGUUCAUGCACCCCUCACCUUGCUGCUCUGGGUGGGUGCCCAAGUUGCAGCAUGCACCCUGGUCGAGCUCUUCAACACCAGCUGUUUCUCCUCACUGCCCUCUGGAGAGACCAAGCUACCAGUUCUUGAAAACCCCCUGUCCAUCAGUGUUCGAUCCCUCAUCAACUCACUGAACGCCGAGGCACCUUGUGCCCGCAAGCUGUGGGUGGUGAAGCAGGGCGACGCCUGCGAGGAGGCCCUGCAACGCCACCUGGUGGAGGAUAAGAGUCCCAACGGAGGAGCGUCCUAUGCAGACUUCCUCUACCAUCUCCAUGUCAACUCUGUCAGGCUUCUGCAGUGACUUAACACACACACACACACACACACACACACACACACACACACACACACACAAUCAUAAUCAUACAUUUUCUGACCUCUCUGGGUGCAUUAUCGUCUAUAAAAGAUGUCACUGCAGUGUAUUCGCCUCAAACAACUAGAAAUUAUUAUGAGGAAAUAUGAAAGGCCUGUUGUCAGGCAGUGCAUUGGGACAUCUUACGAGACACAUCAUUUACUGAUAUGACUGUGACGUGUGUGUGUGUGCUGUGUUGAAUGUGAUCCAUGCUGUUCUGAAAAUGUGUUUAUGAUGUUAAUUUAUUCCUGUGUCCUGGCAGUUCUCUGAUCCCUGCCUGAGUUGUGCGUGUGUGCGUGUGUGCGUGUGUGUGUGUGUGUGUGUGUGUGUGAGAUGCCCACAGUAUUUUCUGCGUGCAUAAUAUUAUGAAUAAAUAAAGCAUUUAAUUGAACCUUGAUUAAAGUUUCUAAAGUUGUAUCUUAGACGUCGUCCUGUCACAUCUGAUGAAGAUGUGACUCAGGAAUCCAAAAGGGCAACUGUCUAAUGAGUCCAAGUGGAUAAUCAAUGAACUAAUAACAUUGUAAUUAUGUUGCUGCAAGGGUGUGAAGCACUCAAGCAUGUGGCUCUAUCAGGGGAGGGGGGGUUUGGUGUCAGUGGUAUUUUUUCACAUUUGAUUGCCCAAACCAUCCAACAACACCACAAAGAGUCCACAGCCAUGGCGUGAGGUUGUAUUUAAACACAGUGGUGCUCUGAGCUGAAUGCUAGCACGUAUUAGUUUGGUGUAUUGGCACUAGUACACAAAGUACUAGGGUUGUACUGUCAAGUCAGGUUUUUUUCAGAUCCGAGUCCUUGAAUACAGGGUAUCUGCCUAAACUGGAGCCGAUCCAAUGCUUGUAUUUACACAAAUGUUCAUUAAAGUCCCCAACCACUUAAAAA